CUGUUCGUUUGAGAUGUAUCGGUGAUAGGGGUACUGAGGGAUCUACAUGUUUCUCAAGCUAAUUGUACUUAGCUUGAUUUUAAAAUAAUUGUCGUAAUGACUUAUGAAGAAUUACCAAAAUGGAUAUAACAGUUGAGAACUUGGAAAGUGCUGUUUCACAGUUCUAUAACAGUGAUUCUGCUGUUCAAGCACAAGCACACCAAUGGUUAACAAAUGUUCAGAGCUCUCCAGCAGCCUGGGGUGUUGUCUGGGAGCUGUUACAACCAAACAGGUCAAGAGAAGGUCAAUUUUUUGCUGCAACUACACUCCAUUUGAAAAUCAUGAAAAAUUGGAACCAAGUGCCUCCUGACCAAUAUGAAAACUUGAAAAACAAGCUGUUGCAAACUAUUGUACAGUACUCUAUUGGGCCGGAUCUCAUACUUAACAGGCUGUGUAUUGCGUUGUCUGCCCUUCUUAUUCAAAUGACUCCAAGAUAUUGGAAAGAUUCAAUAGGAGAUCUAUUGACAAUGUUUCGUCCGGAGAAUUUACCUUCAGUUUCACCUCAAAGAGUUAUAUGGAUUUUAUUUGAAGUUCUUACAUUUAUACCAGAGGAGUUUCAGUCCAUGUUGUUAUCUUCCACUCACAGAACAUAUGUUCGAAAUGAACUAGAAAAACAUUCUGAAAAAGUAAUAUCUCUUAUUAAUAGCGCUCUGGGUAGUGAAGAAGUUAGAGAAGCUGCUGCUAAGGCUGCCGCCGCUUGGUUGCAGUUUGGUGUUUCUCUUCCAUCCUGCCUAAACAUUGCUAGUUCAUUAGUUGCUGUUAUCCGAUCGAAGACAAAUGAUAUUACUGAGACGUGUGAGCAUGAGUUGGAAGCUUUAAACCACAUGGUAACUCAUCCUGAUACUUACAAAUUUCCUGCUUGUGUUCUUCAGUUGCUCUCUCUGAUCUUACAACUGACUGCUGAUGUCAAAUCUUCAGGAAACGAAGAAGUCAUGACAAACAUCUACAAGUUGCUCAUUGCUAUCGGAGAAACACAUCCAAGACUACUCCUUGAUGGGUUGAAGUCUCCUCAAUCUUAUGAGAAUGUAAAGUCUCUCAUAUCACACCUUUUAGAUUGCACCGCUACUCCAGGCGAUUAUCCUAAAGAUGAAACUCGUAGUCAACUGGUUCUUAGCUUCUGGUACUUAUUGCAGGAUGAAAUGAUAAAUCUUGAAAAAGAUGAUCUUGAAUAUACAUCAUCUUAUCUUGUUCCUGUUUAUGAAAGGCUUUGUGAAGUAUUACUCCACAAAUCAAAGCUGCCAAGUGAUAUUGAUAGUCUUUCAUCUGCAGACCAAGAGCUCAUAAGAAUAUACCGACAAGAUAUCUCUGAUACAAUAGUUUAUUGUUAUCAUGUAGCCAGAGAUCAUUUAAUUCGGCUGCUUGUCAGAUGCCAGAGAGAAGCUCGAAGCUGGCAAGAAGCGGAAGCAGUUUUACAUAUAACUUUAGCACUCGCCGAAACUGCAACAGCUCAAGAUGAUGAAACUGUUAUUGGUUUACUCGUUAAUACACCGCCUGAGUACCUUAAUCACAGGGUAAUUAAUGCUCUGAACCAAGCUGUUGGUGCUUAUGCAGAAUGGCUUGGAAAUGCAUUACCACAAUUGAUACCAAGACUUGUAGCUUCUCUACUAUCACCUGAGACAGCUACUUCUGCAACAAUGGCAUUAAAAGACAUCACUAGGGAGCGGACAACUUCACUCGAGCCAUAUGCUGCUGGUCUUUUGGCAGCUUGUCAGGAAGCUCUUAACAAAGGUCAUUUAAAGCAGGCAGAAUGCGUUAGAUUAAUGUACUCCAUAGGCAGGCUAUUAUCAGUUAUCCCUUACAAUCAUAUGUUAGCUACUUUAGAACCUUUGUUGUCGAAUUAUGCUUCUGAUAUACAGCAAAUGGUUUCGCAACCUCAGAUGAAAGGUAAUUUGAUUCUAAGGUUGAAAAUGUUGUCAACUCUUUGUUCUUCAUUGUAUGCUUCAGAAGUUGGACCAGAUCCUCCUGCCUUCUUGGUUUUAACACGUCUCCUUCCAGUACUUUCUGGAGUAAGCCAAGCCUGUGCCUCUGACCGAGCUGUGAUAGAGGAAGUUUGUCACUUUCUUCAGACAGCUGUAUCAAAUGCUAUUACCACAAAGAAAGAAAAAGAAGUUUUAGUUCCUAUCAUUAGUUUAGGAGCGCAUUGUUAUGCUUCUCAACCAAACAAACAAGCCCUUGAUCUUGUGCGGCAAAUGUGCAUAUUGUAUAGCAAAGAGAAAACCGAAAGCCUACACCAGCUACUUGCAUCUGUGACCCAAGUUACAGUUCAAGUAAAUCAAGCAUUACCACCAGAUGUUUUACAAGCCUAUUUCCAGCUGUUAACAUCUGUUGUUAAGAAAUCACCGUUUUUACUUUCUCCAUCGGUUGAUGUUCAUCAUAUUUUUAAUUUUGCAACUGACUCCUUAAUGGUUGCUGAAACCCCAGUUGUAAAAGCUGCUGGGUCUUUUCUAGUUGCAUUAAUUGCAACAUCCAUGGAAGAUCAGUAUGCUCCUGCAUUUGCCCGUCCAAUUGAAAAUUGUGGUCAUCAUUUGGUUGCAACUAUGUUAAUAUGUAUUGCUGGGUGUACACCAAUGUCAGGCCUUGAUAUAUUUGCAGAUAUUAUUCUUGCACUCAAUAAAAGAUUUCUGGAACUAUUUCCGCAAUGGCUCAAAGGUGGGCUUGACCGACUUCCUAAACCUGAUCCUGCUCAAAAAGAAAAAUUUAGUAAAAUGGUUAUUCGGGAAAAGGCUGUUAAAAGGAAACUAAUUGAAACCAUCAAGGAAUUUGCAUUGAUUUCCCGAGAACUUGUAACUAUAGAUUAUAAUCAUUGAAAUGAUAGAUUCUUGAUUAUUUUUAAUGGUGAAAAGCUCACUGUAAUAAAUAACAAUUAAAAUUAAGUCGUCCAUCUUUCCAUUCAAAUGUUUCGUUCCUAAUGAAAUAAGUUAUAAAAUAGGGGAAAUAAUUAAAGAACCCAGUAUAAAUUACAAUCUACCUCUCAUUGUUAGAUUUUAGACAAAUAAGCCGCCCAUUUUAUGAAUUUAAUCUGCUCUCUUAAUAUUUUUCUCCAUUAAAAUCUAUAUUUCAAUGACUUUAUGAUUCAUUUUGUAAAUAUAUUUCAUAUUUCU